CGCAGAGGAACAGCAAGGAUGCAGCGCGACAAAACCGGAAGCUCUGGCGGCGGUGAAAAGCCGGACAGAGAGACCGCCAUCAUGUCCAAAUACUACGAUGGCGUCGAGUUUCCCUUCUGUGAUGAAUUCUCCAAAUAUGAGAAGCUGGCGAAAAUCGGACAGGGCACAUUUGGAGAAGUCUUCAAGGCUAAACACCGACAGACGGGGAAGAAAGUGGCUUUGAAGAAAGUUCUGAUGGAGAAUGAGAAAGAAGGGUUUCCCAUCACAGCUCUGAGGGAGAUCAAGAUCUUACAGCUGCUCAAACAUGAGAAUGUGGUCAACCUCAUCGAGAUCUGCAGAACAAAGGGUGAGGCCACUCAGUUUAACCGUUAUAAGGGCAGCAUUUAUCUGGUGUUUGACUUCUGUGAGCAUGACCUCGCUGGACUGCUGAGCAACGCUAAUGUUAAGUUCACACUGGCGGAGAUCAAGAGGGUCAUGCAGAUGCUGCUCAACGGACUCUACUACAUACACAGAAACAAGAUCCUUCACAGAGACAUGAAGGCAGCCAAUGUCCUGAUCACCAGAGAUGGUGUCCUGAAGCUGGCUGAUUUCGGCCUGGCCAGAGCCUUCAGUUUGGCCAAAAACAGUCAAGGGAAUCGCUACACAAACCGGGUGGUCACUCUGUGGUACCGACCGCCUGAACUAUUGCUGGGCGAGAGAGACUACGGGCCUCCCAUAGACCUAUGGGGCGCGGGGUGCAUCAUGGCAGAGAUGUGGACCAGAAGCCCCAUCAUGCAGGGCAACACAGAGCAGCACCAGCUCACACUCAUCAGUCAGCUGUGCGGAUCCAUCACUCCUGAGGUCUGGCCGGGUGUGGAUAAGAAGUAUGAACUGUAUCAGAAGAUGGAGCUUCCUAAAGGUCAGAAGCGUAAGGUGAAGGAUCGGCUGAAGGCGUAUGUGAAAGACCCGUACGCUCUGGACCUCAUCGACAAACUGCUGGUUCUGGAUCCGGCGCAGAGAAUCGACAGCGACGACGCUCUUAACCACGACUUCUUCUGGUCUGACCCCAUGCCCUCUGACCUCAAAAACAUGCUCUCCACACACAACACCUCCAUGUUUGAGUAUCUAGCCCCGCCCCGCAGGAGAGGUCACAUGCCUCAGCAGCCGGCCAAUCAGAACAGAAACCCAGCCACCACCAGCCAAUCAGAGUUCGACAGGGUCUUCUGAUCUAUCCGUGAUUGGUCGAGGAGAAAGAGACUUAUUUAAAUGACUAAUCAGCUCAUCUUGGGUUGGAAAUCCUGGAGUUUACUGGUGGCACUCACUAUAUUGUAAUUACAAAAAAUACUGAUUGUGGAUCAGAUGAGUUCUGUUGAUGAAACUUUUGAUGCUUUAUUAUGGAGCUUCAACACUCUUGAGAAAUGUGCUGCCCCAGUGCAUCAUGGGAGAGAAAAGAAGUGUACUUAGUGUUUGGAUGCACAGACUGUGUCUAUUAUUGGAUGUGAGUCUCCUGAAGAUGAUUUUGUAUUGUAAAGAGCUCAUGCUACUUUUGUCUAGGAGACACUUGGACAUUUAUUUAAACCCUUCGCUUCUCUUGACAGAUUUUAUUGUUAAUUUAGCUUCUUAUUUUUAAGAUGUUUUUAUUUGUAAGAUCACGUGUUCGGGUUCAUGGUGUUUGUUACUUGUAUGAGUAUAAAUACACCAAUAAAUCCUUCACCUUUCCCAUC